AUGUUUCACAUCGAAGGCGACGGCGAGCUUGCCUUCAUCGCGCCAGGAAUCGUCUUUCGUCCGGGAGACCUCGAAGGGCGAGAGUUGAUCCUCCGCGACUUGGACGAGUGCCUUGUUGUCGUCGCCGACAAAAUCCCCGCCGCGCGCGUUCGACGUCUCCGCACAUGCCUCGUAUUAUCGCAAGAAGCCGUUUUUGGACCACAAUUGCUCGAGCUCCGGGUCGUCGCGCGGCACAGUGUUGAAGCUGAUCGCACAGAAACGAAGAGAGAAGACGAAACAGCGGAGAGCGAGAGGUGCGCCGUUCCGCCGAGAAGCGAACAGCCGCAAGGCCUCGAGCCAGCCUGCUUGUGGCAAGACGUCAAGGACUUUGACUGGAUUAAGAAACAGGCGUCGCCUCACUGGAAGGCCGUUCCUCUCUGUCCUCCGUUCAACUUUUCUCUCGCGCCUCUGACUCUCCACGUAGAGGCUCAAAACAGCGGUCUCACCGCCCCGCCGCGUUCCGUGCCGGGCCAGGUUUUGGAGCCCAACGCGCCCGAAUGGUUCAGCAUUGCAGCCUUACGAGCCGCGGCGUCAGCGGGGGCUCUGGCCCUCAGAGCGGCUCGCGAGGCGACGGCAGGGGACAGAAGUGUAUCCUUGCCCGAGGACGAGGAAGAAGACGAAAUAUGA